UCGUCCUGAUUUGUGAGAUUGGGCUGCCAAAUUGCGAAGGCAGACCCCAUUUUUGCGAUUGAGACAAACUCCGCUGGACACCCACCCGCCACACUCCCUGUCUCUGCGGCUGUCUCUUCCAGGCGAGCUCCUCGCUCUCCAGAUUCCGACCGUAGCAGCCAGGGAUCUCGGCUUUUUUUUACCCCUCUUUGUCUCUGCUUGUACUCUGUUUCGCGCCUUAGAUCGGAUCCAAAUCUGCAUUGUCCUUGUACAAUCUCUUCGUUUCCCUCAUUGGGUUUCUUUUUUCUCUAUCUCAUUCUAGAUUUGUUUGCCUUCUUUGCGCGACGUUUCAGAAGACAUUAACUUUGCUUGAGGGAAUGAAUCCUCCAGCGAUUUAAAGUCUAAACAACUGCAGCGUGCUUCUGCUUUCGGGCCUAUUACUCAAUUAUCUUAAAAGAUGUUAUAGAUAGCGGGAGAAUUUAGAUUUUUGGAGUCCCUUCCGUGCAACGAAAAACGAAGGUGGAAAUGAUCAACAAAACGCUUUUCCUCACUUAUCUCUACCUGUUCAUCUACAUCUUACUUUCAUCUGGAGUCAUACUGUACAACAAGUGGGUUCUUUCUCCGAAAUAUUUUAAUUUUCCGUUUCCUAUAACGCUCACUAUGAUUCAUAUGGGCUUUUCCGGGGUCGUGGCGUUUUUUCUUGUUCGCGUCUUCAAGGUUGUAAGUCCUGUAAAAAUGACGUUUGAAAUAUAUGCAACAAGUGUGGUACCGAUAAGUGCCUUCUUUGCUUCAAGUCUUUGGUUUGGUAACACUGCUUACUUGCACAUCUCUGUUGCCUUUAUCCAGAUGCUCAAAGCUCUAAUGCCUGUGGCAACAUUCCUCAUGGCUGUUUUGUGUGGCACUGACAAAGCAAGGUGUGAUGUGUUCAUGAACAUGGUGCUGGUCAGUGUUGGAGUUGUCAUUUCCUCCUAUGGGGAAAUUCAUUUUAAUGUAAUUGGUACAGUUUACCAAGUCACUGGCAUCUUUGCAGAAGCUUUAAGAUUGGUCUUAACGCAAGUCCUUCUGCAGAAGAAGGGCCUGACUUUAAAUCCUAUUACAAGCUUGUAUUACAUAGCUCCGUGCAGCUUUGUGUUUCUGUUUGUACCUUGGUACCUACUGGAGAAGCCUGAGAUGGAAGUUUCACAAAUCCAGUUCAAUUUUUGGAUCUUCUUUUCAAAUGCUCUAUGUGCUCUGGCCUUGAAUUUCUCCAUUUUCUUGGUAAUUGGUAGAACUGGUGCUGUGACCAUCCGGGUGGCUGGUGUGCUGAAAGACUGGAUUUUAAUAGCCCUGUCAACUGUUCUAUUCCCAGAAUCUACAAUAACUGGGUUGAAUAUAAUUGGAUAUGCUAUUGCACUAUCUGGAGUUGUGAUGUACAACUACAUAAAGGUCAAGGAUGUUCGUGCCUCUCAAUUGCUUCUGGACACUAUUCCAGACCGGACAAUAAAGGAUUGGAAAUUUGAGAAGAAAUCAUCUGAUAUUGAUGUAGCAGAUAACAUCAAUGACAGUGAGGGGAAUAAUGGAGGUAAUGGCUUCACCUCUGAUAUGAGCGUUGAUGAAGAAGCACCCCUGGUGUCAUCAAGGUUAUCUCAUAUUGGACGAACGCAGCCAAUUAACCAUGCAACCGGAAGGUGGAAAGUACAAGAAAGAGGGAGCUGAGUCAAAUGCAACUUAUUAAAAAAGAAAAAAAAAAUCAAGAGCGGGUUUCCAAUUUACGCGGAAUUCGGUUUUCUUGCAACUGCUGUCUCGUUAGUAAGACGCAUCUUUUGCAGGCUUAUGUUUUAAAGCAGCGGUAAUUUAUCAGAGGGGAGGGGUGAAAUAAGCCUAUGACAUAAUUCUUAUUUGAUGGGAUGAAGAAUGAAUUGUAUUGUUGUUAAGUUGUGAAUAUUAUAUUUGAUUUUUAUGAUUGAUAUUGCAGAUGCUAAUGAUGUACCAUGAGCCUCUCUUUAACUGAAUAGAGGUGGAUCAUUAUAAAUGUUAGAAUUUAUUCCUGUU